GCGAUCCGGCACCGUACCGCUACAAAACCAAACCAAAAUUAUUGGUGUUAGUAGGGAACCGUAACGGUGUUUUAAACCAUGCCUUUCUCUCGGGUUCGUGGAGAUGUGAAGAGGAGCAAGAGCCCCGCGCUGCAUUAGCUCCAGUGUGAAAUGCUGGCCUGUGUGCCAGUGGCAGGUGACCUUUCCCUCCAGCUUCUCUCCCACACGCAGAUGAACACUGGACCUCAGAAAUGGGACACUACACAGAAAAUGAGAUCGGCACAGUAUCCAACCCCAGCGGAACUGGAUGCCUAUGCUAAGAAAGUCGCCAACAGCCCGCUGACGAUAAAAAUCUUCCCCAACAGCGUCAAAGUCCCUCAGAGGAAGCACAUCCGCCGCACGGUGAACGGGCUCGACACGUCCAGCCAGCGCUAUAGCCCCUACCCGUCUCAGGCCAGCGCCAAGGCCGGCCUCCUCGCCAUCGUCAAAGUCCCCCUGAAGGGGAUCCUCAAAGGCUUCGACGGCGGCCGAGCGCGCCUACUCCCCGAGGUCGCCAUGAACCGCCCCGGCGGACCCUAUGUCACUCAGAGCACUUUAACCCACCCUCAGACUGUCCCCCUCCAGCAGGGUCACCCACUGCCACAGCCUCUGGCACUGCAGCAAGGCUUGGCCCAUCCACAAACUUUACAGGGACAGCAAGGCCUGGCCCAUCCACAAACUUUACAGGGACAGCAAGGCCUGGCCCAUCCACAAACUUUACAGGCACAACAGCAGCCAGGGCCCCAGGGCCUGAGGCACCUGCCCAGCAUGGCCCAGCCGCCCGGCCUGCAGCACCCCCAGGGCCUGCCCUCGACGCAGCCUCUCUCCCACACCCCCAGCAUGGGCCCCCUGCCCCCCAACAUCCUGCUGCAGCAGCAGCAGCAGCUGCCGGGCCUGCACGGGCCGAGGAAGGUGCCAGACUCCGACGCCCCACCCAACGUGACCGUGUCUACCUCAACCAUCCCCCUGUCCAUGGCCUCCACCCUGCACCAGAGCCGGCCGGCGGACCUGAGCAGUAUCGUGCACCAGAUCAGCCAGUUCUGCCAGCCGCGUCCCGGCAUCAGCUCUACCUCCGUGUGCGAGGGUCAGAUCGCCAACCCCAGCCCCAUCAAUCGCAACCUGCUCAUCAACGCCAGCUCCAGGGUGUCCGUGCAGACCCACGCCCCUGCCCCUGGCCCCGCCCCCACCGCCCUCCCGUCCUGCGCUCUCAGCUCUAUGGAUAAGCCCACCACCGCUGCUGCUCUGCCCCCAGGCCCCGGGAGGGUCGGCGUGACCCGAAUGCCGGCCUACCACAACGACGUCAAACAGCAGCAGCAACAACUGACCCAACAGCCUCAGCAGCAGCGGUCCUGGACCCAGCACCACCUCGGCCACCUGCAGCACGUUCCAGAAGGCAGUCAUCCCCGCAAGCACCCACCUGGUCUCCCCUGCAAGGGCUUGAGCUACGCACAAGACGCGUGCGCCGGCCAGCCCUACGGCCUGAAGCCGCCCGCGGAGAAGCCCGCACCCUCUCCCCCGGUCAAUGGUGUGGCCGGCGCUGCGCCGUAUGUCAACGGGCACUACUUCCAGCCCGUGUGGAACGGCAUCCUGCCCAUGCCAAACGGCGACUGCUCCGGACCUCAGGACCUCGCCGUGCCAUUCCUCGGGGGCCCUCCGGGGGGCGCUGUAGACUGCGCCCCAGGGACCCGUUACCGGGCUGGAGCUGGUUCCUCCAGCCAGACUAACAUGAUGCAGGGCGUGGAGUACUUGGGCGGGGAUUACCAGUCGUCCUGUUUCCGAGAGCAGAAUAUGGGCAUGAUGGGCAAGAUGGCCAGGCCUGCAGCAAGCAGAGCCCCAGAGCCCGGUGACAGUAGAAAUACUCACAUCCAGCAUCCAGGGUACAGAUAAGCUACAGCUUUGUUUGCGUAGUUAUCGACGUUUUAGUCUUAAAUAAACUGAAUGACUUAAAUGACCGCUAACUUAAGAAGAGAAAAAGAAUAUAUUUAAGAGCAAGCAAUGUUUUUUUUUUUUGUUGUUGUCAGUCUUGCAAGUGAUC